GAAAUAAGAUAAAGCGAUUAAUGAGGAGAUAAUGCAAAAAUGUUAAGGUGUGGUAAAUUGUUAUUAUUUUGUAAAGGUAACAAGCAACAAUUAUAACUGCAAGCAGCGAUUACGGGGGUUCAAACUGGAUGUAUGGCUGACAGUGGAACACGUCUAAAAUGCGCACACACAGAGAGAUACAUGAAAUGGUUAAACUGUUAUAGAGGUCGGGAUCGUUGCGUCACGUCGCAAUGCAUUGUGGGAAUCGCGGUACAGAAGUAGAUGUACUGUAUAGUAGGCAUUAGGUAACGUUGGUCAUUUGGUCAUUAAUUUUGAUUAUUUUUUGGAAAAUGGUUCAGUAUUGCUGUAUUGUGAACUGCUGUAAUCGGUUUCAUGAUCGACAGGGCAAACGCCUCGUGAAUCAUAUUAGUUUUCAACAUUUUCCUACUUGGAAAAAAAACACAAGGUGUCUGAAAUCACCAAGAGGCGUCAGAUGGCUUGGGUCGCCACUGUACGGAGGGAAACCAUCACCUUCGAUAAUAUUAUAAUACAUAGUUAUGGUGAGACAUGUUGUGUAUGGUCUCUCUCUCUCUCACACAUACACACACACAAACUCAGACACAAACACAUUACGUUUUCUCUAGUUUUUGGCCAGUAAGGGAGUCAGUUUAGUGUCUGUAUUUUUUGUUUAAACAUUUUCUUUUGACCCAAUCCUGAACUUAAUUUGCUUUUUGAUAUUUUUGUGCUGACUGUAUUUAACAAAUUUGAACAACUUGUUUAAAAAAAAAAAAAAAACUGGAACGAACUUCAAAAUAGGAAGUUAAGCGUCUUGUUUUGGUGAAUGGUGGGUUGUGUCUGAGGUGAAUGUUCGUCAAUAUUAUACCGGAUUACAGAACUACCGGAGGAAAACAGUGGAUUUUUGCAAGUAUGAUAGAUUCCUGAGUUAUCAAACUUGAGGGACCGCGAGAGGGUGGAGCAGAUAUUAACAUCCAUGAGAAAUGCUGGACCUAACACACUUCAGGUAAUCUCAGAUUUUGAUAUGACUCUCACAAGGUUCUCCUUCAAUGGCAAACGCUGUCCUACAUCCUAUAAUAUUCUGGAACAUAGCAAACUGAUCAGUGAAGACUGCAAAGCCAAGCUGAAGAAUCUCCUGGACACUUACUACCCUAUAGAGAUCGAUUCCACACGCUCAGUAGAAGAGAAGUUACCUCUCAUGGUUGAAUGGUGGACUAAAGCUCAUGAGCUUCUUGUGCAGCAGAAGAUCAUUAAGGAUGACUUGGCUCUAGCUGUGAGAGAGUCUGAAGCCAUGCUGAGGGAAGGAUACCAGCAGUUCUUUGAUCAUCUCCAACAGUUGUCCGUUCCGCUGCUGAUCUUUUCUGCUGGAGUCGGGGAUGUGUUAGAGGAAGUGAUCAGACAAGCUGGUGUGUUCCACCCUAAUGUUAAGGUCUUCUCCAAUUACAUGGACUUUGACGAGUCUGGUGUUUUGCGGGCAUUUAAAGGAGAGCUUAUUCAUAUCUACAACAAACGGGAAGGAGCUCUGCUCAAUACUGAACACUUCAAGGAACUGCAGAGCCGCUGUAAUGUCCUUCUGCUCGGAGACUCUCUUGGGGAUCUCAACAUGGCUGAUGGAGUCAUGAACUUAGAAAACAUCCUGAAGAUUGGAUACCUCAAUGAUAAGGUGGAUGAGAGGAGAGAGUCAUACUUAAACUCCUAUGAUAUCGUUUUGGAGAAAGAUGAAACCAUGGAUGUUCCUAAUGCCAUCUUACGAUACAUUACAGGACAAUGAACUUAGACCUAGGGUCUCCAAGAUAAGGAACUCGUCUGCCUCUACCCUAAAAUCAUUUAAUGACAUAAUGAGAAAAAUGUGAAAAUAAAAGAAUAGAACCAGAAA